CUACACUACACCACCCUCACGACAUGAAUUCAGUCGAAGCGUAACCGAUACUACAUCUUGACCAACAAGCGCCUCGAGGUCAUUGACAAAAGAAAAAAAAAAAGAAGGAAUUUUUCGAGCCAUUAGACGAGUGAAGUGGAGAGUGAGACACUUAAAUAGAGGGUGCUCAGCUCAAGCGGUAGCCACCUUGCUCGGCUUCCCCCCCUCCUCUUCCAGCUCCGGCGGCCGGGAUCAGGCCGGCCUGUGACGCUGAUGGUUCUUUAACAAGCUCAUCCAACAAUCGUCAGAUUCCGGCGUGACAAGAAAGAGGAGUGGUGGAAACAGUGGAUCGAUAAUGGGGGAAGCAGAGGAGGGCUGCUCCUUCUCCCUCAUGUGCCUGGAGGACGGCGCCGACCUCGACGGCGGCUUCGCCGACGGCGCCGAUGACGGGAAGCUACUCCUGCUGUACAGCGGCGCCGAGGGGGAAGACGACGAGGAGUACAUGGACCACCUCGUGUCCAAGGAGAGCAGCUUCUGCUGCUCGCCUUCCACGUCCUCGCCGUCGCCGUCAUCCCCUGACUUCUCCGACUUCUCCGACGCCGGCACGGAGCCGUCGCCGUCGCCGAUGGCCUCUUCCGAGGAUUGGUUCCGGUGCGCGCGCCGGGACACCGUCAAGUGGAUCCUUGAGACCCGGGCUUGCUUCGGCUUCUCCCACCGCACGGCGUACCUGGCCGUCACCUACUUCGACCGCUUCUGCCUCCACCGAUGCUUCGACAGGUCGGUGAUGCCGUGGGCGGCGCGUCUGCUGGCGGUGGCGUGCGUGUCACUGGCGGCGAAGAUGGAGGAGUACCGCGCGCCGGCGCUGCCGGAGUUCCGCGCCGACGACGAUGAGUACGAGUUCAGCUGCGUCUCCAUCCGGCGCAUGGAGCUCCUGGUGCUGUCCACGCUGGGGUGGCGCAUGGGCGGCGUCACCCCCUUCGACUACCUCCCCUGCCUCUCCUCCAGGCUACGCCGAGGCAACAGCGGCGCCGGCGCCGGCGCCGUUAUCGUUGCCGCCAAGGCCGCCGCACUCAUCUUCUCCACCGCCGAAGCUGCGAGCGUGCUCGACUACCGGCCGUCCACGGUGGCCGUCGCCGCCAUUCUGGCGGCGACCCAUGGCGCCAUGACAAAGGAGGCGCUGGAGUCCAAGAUCAGCAGCCUCUCUCCAUCCUGCCUGCUCGACAAGGACGACGUGUACGCGUGCCACAGCCUGAUGCUGCUAAGCUCGAGCUCGAACUCGUCGGCGGCGACGAGCACGACGGCCAAGAGGCCGCCGCCAUCCACCAGCGCCGACUCGGUCGGCGCCGGCAGCACGUACGAGUCCUCCUCGUUCGCGGCCGCGGCUAGCAGCAAUAAGAGGGCGAGGCUGCUAGAGCUGCCGGCCGUCGGCCGGUGAGGAGCACCGCCGGGACCGGACUGGACGCGCGCGUUUUUGUCAGUCGUCCUACGCUUGCCGGAGCUCCGAUCGCACGCAGCUAAUCUUAAUCUUCUUAGUGAGGUUUUUUUUCCCUUAAUUUCGCUUGAUUUUUUCUAGUUCUUUGAUCGCCGCCCGGCGCUGCCAAAUAAUCGGUGAUUGGCAGCGCCGCCGUGUUGUAGUGGAGAUGGAGGGCUUGGUUUGGUUUGGUUCUUGUGUGAGAUUGAGAUCGCACGCGAGGCGAGACUAGAGAGAGGAUGAAAAAAAAGACAAAAAAGACAAAAAAAAAAGGGAGAAGAGAGUGGCGAUGGCUGAGUUCGAGCUUUUCCUGAGGAGAGGAGAGCUCAAGAAAACUCACUCGAAUGUGUUCACACAUAAAGCAGCAGCAGGAGGAGCACUGGAGCAGCGCAAGGCGGUGAGACUUUUGCUGCUGCAGAGCUGCACGUUGCCUUCCGGCUUCCACUUCCCUCCGGAUCGGGGAAGCCGCAGCGCGCGGUAGGCCCGCCCGCCAUUCCACUCCACUGGGACUGGGGCACUGGCUCAUCGUCAUCGAUCUCCAUGGCCGGUCGCAAUGACAUGUUGCUGCUGCAGCAGCAUUGCAAGCGAGCGCCAUGGCCCAUGCCUGCCGAAAGCGGACGUGUACGCGAGAUGGUGACCGAGAGGGUGGUUCCUCGCAGAGCUGUACUGCCCCUUGAGCACGUGAGAUUCUUUUCUCCUGCUCUUUGGAGCAAGUUGCUGUAAUUGUAAACCCUACAUGAUGGUCUUGUGAGAAAUUGAGAUGCAUGGUGGAUGAGGAUUCACUGAUUCAGAGUGCGUUUCCUGUAUCUGUAUGUGCGAUCUGCGUGUGUGUGUGUGUGUCUGGUCACCGACCUCUGCAUCUGGGGUCUGACUGAGCUAGGUUGAUCGUGCUGCAGCCUGCAGAGAUAUUUGGGUUGCCAGUGGCCAGUGCCGUCAAGUUUAGAACUCA